UCCAAAGCCACAGAAGAAGACGAAGUGGAACUUGCGAGAAUGGGGUAUAAACAAGAACUCAGGCGAGAACUAGGCCUAUUGCAGAACUUUGGGGUUUCAUUCUCCGUCAUCAGUGUCAUUACAGGGAUUCCAUCCUUGUUCUUGUAUGGUUUAAACACUGGAGGUCCAGCUGUGAUGGUGUGGGGCUGGAUAAUAGUUGCCUUUUUCACAAUUUUGGUUGGGUUGGCCAUGGCAGAGGUCUGCAGUGCCCACCCCACCAGUGGUGGGCCAUACUUCUGGGCAGCCAUGCUUUCUGAGCCCAAACAUGCACCAUUGGCUUCGUGGAUCACCGGUUGGUUUAACCUUCUGGGACAGGUUGCCGUCACCACAGGAAUCAGCUUUGGGUGUGCUAAUUUUCUCUCAACUGUGUGUACAUUCGACAACAGUUUCGAGCCUACACCGAAGACAACCAUUGGUAUAUAUGCCGCAAUACUGGCCAGUCAAGGCUUAAUCAACACAUUUGGCGUUCAUCUCCUCAAGUAUCUCAAUAAUGUUUCAGUGUGGUGGCACGCUGUUGGAACGACCUCCCUCGUCAUAGCAAUUCUUGCUCGGGCACCAACGCAUCAAUCAGCUUCAUUUGUAUUCAAAACAUUUAUCGAUGGUACAGGAGUUUCUGGGAGCGAUGGGUGGGGUACACGUGCUAGCCAUGCAUACGUGAUGGUUAUUGGGAUACUCAUGGCCCAGUAUACCCUGACAGGUUUUGAUGCUAGUGCUCAGAUGACUGAGGAAACACGCAAUGCAGCAAUGGCAGGUUCCAUUGGGAUUGUGAUGGCUAUCGGAGUCUCAGCAGUUCUUGGAUGGUUUCUUAUCCUCGGCCUGCUGUUCUCCAUACAGGACCUCGAUAGUACUAUCAAUUCCCCGACAGGAGAGCCAGUCGCACAAAUAUUUCUUGACACCGUUGGUGAGCGCGGCGCAAUAGUACUCAUGGUUAUUGUGAUAGGGGCAAUGUACUUUUGUGGUACUUUCUCUGUGACUUCCAAUUCAAGAAUGAUGUAUGCCUUUGCGCGUGAUGGUGGCAUUCCUGGACACACAUUUUUUCAAAAAGUUGAUUCCAAACGAAAGUCGCCUGUGCGUACUGUUUGGUUGGCGUGCACUCUGAGCUUCAUUCUUGGUUUGCCUAGCCUCGGCAGUUCUGUCGCCUUUUCAGCUGCGACAAGUAUUGCUACCAUCGGAUUAUAUAUCUCUUAUGCGAUUCCCAUCGCACUCCGUGUUGUUUAUCGUGAUCGUUUUGUACGUGGGCCCUUUCAUCUUGGGCCAGCAUCCCUCCCCGUGGCUAUAACAGCCGUCGCAUGGAUUGGGUGCAUUGCGAUUGUGUUCAUUCUUCCACAAACGAAUCCUGUAGAUUCACAGACAUUGAACUAUGCUGUGGUCGCAGUCGGGAUUGUUAUUGCGUACAGUGUUGGAUUUUGGCUGCUAAGCGCAAGGAAGUGGUUCACGGGACCCAUAAAGCAGAUAUCCGCUGAGGAGUUGGGUGUAUCAAAACGCCUUAGUGCUGCAGGAUCUGCUCAAGCCACGCUGUAGGGUUAUUCCGGGAAUUACUAUACUAUAGAGAAAGUAGGAAGCGGAGAACUGGUUUGCACUUUCAGCUAUGCCUUGAUCAAAAGAUACUUUCCAACGUGGCGAAUGUUUACGUUAUUGUUUAACCUGCCUAAAGGAUACAGUAAUAUGACUACCUAUUAGACGUCAGUUAGUCGUCGCCACCGUGUCAUGGG